AGAGCCUCCAGAGAGAUGGCGGCCGGUCACGGAAAACGAGGCCGUGCCGGGGGCAGGGACCUGGACAGACCACGGAGGGAGCCCAGGCGCGUCUCCCCCGCAGCGACAGGCGCGCUGCCGCUCCCGCUUAAAGGGGAAGGAGGGGAGGCGCCGGCCGGCCCGCCCGCCCGCGGCCCCUUCUCCCCGCGGCCCCUUCUCCCCGCGGCCCCGCGGACUGUCGGUGAACACGGCGGCGCGCCCCGCCCGCGCCCCGCGGGGCAGCGCCGGGCCGGGCGCGGGGCGGGGAGGCGGCGGGCGCGCAGAGGCGGAAGCGGCGGCGCCGAGGCCGCGAGGGGCCGCGCGAGCAGGGUGCAGAAGAUGGCAGGCAGCUCCGCUCCUUGGAUAGGCAGUGCUUAUCUCUUCCUCCAGUCGACAUGCAAGACUAUUGCUCUGCCUUCUCUUUAUGAAAGCUCCCAGAAGAAACCUAGCAUCUUCAAGGCUCUCAAGCUGGCAUUAGCAGACUCCACCGGCAGCCUGAAUGGUGUGGACAUGCUCAAAGUGCACUGCAGCCACCCGCACCUGAUAAUCCAGCUCAAGUUCUGCAAGCAGGAGAACUGCCGCCGCUUCCUGCGGAGUUAUCGGGAAGGAGCGCUCCAGGAGUCUCUCCAGAAUCACCUCCAGCUCUCCUUGGCCGUGAGCACGGUGCCUCUCGAAAUGGAGCUGAAGGCUGGCAGCGAGCACCUCGACAACAUGCUGAAGGAUGAGGAACGCUGCCUAGAGUGCAUCUACAGAGAAAAGCCUGACCGCCUGAGGGACGAGGAAAUCACAGAGCUGGAGGAGUGUCUCAAGAGCCUGGUUCUUCACCAGAACAUCAACAACAAUAUGCCUGCAAAAGAUUGCCUGUCUCCGAACUCCCUGCCUCUACCUUACUCUUCUCAAGGCAGCUCCCUUUCCCCAGAAGUCACCUUUAUCUUUCAGGAACAACAGUUUGCCAACAGAACGCUCACGCUAGACGACCAUCAAAAAUUUGCCAAGCUCGUGUCGAAGAAAUGGAAGCAAGUGGGUCGCUCCUUGCAGAAGAACUGCCGUGCCCUGCGUGAUCCUGUUAUUGAUAACCUGGCCCUGGAAUAUGACCGAGAAGGACUAUAUGAGCAAGCCUAUCAGCUGCUUCUCAGAUUUAUCCAGUCGGAGGGGAAGAAGGCCACAAUAGCGCGGCUGAUAGCUGCCCUGGAAGAAAAUGGUCUCACCAGCUUGUCCGAGGAGCUCUUGGGCCUCCAUUCCAAUGAGGACUCCUAGAGCCCAAAGGGUAGUGGCAUUUGCUAAGGGCUUUCUUGCUUUGCAUGAGACUGCUGCCAGUGUCCUGGACAUGUAAAGCCCUGAAAAUCACUGCAGGUUUCUGUGUAGUUGGGAAUGCCCAGGGGAAAGGUUCAGUGCUUGCAAAAGCCAGCAUGGAGUAUCGAAGUACUGCUUUGAUGUUCUUUAUUUCAUUCUGUUUCCAGAAGUCAACAUUACCUUCCCAUGAACUGGUGAGAGAGGCUUUCAAACUGAAUUCCUUCAGGAUUGAAAUGUCACAGUGAAGCAGCCAGACAGUUAAAGAGCCCUAGAGUAGGGUGGGAGAGAAGAGAAAAUCAAGGAAGGCAUCUCAGAGGCUUUCUGGGGGGAGCAGAAAGCACCAGAUUUCCAAAGCUGUGGCCUAGGGCCAUCCCUGGGGCCGCCUAGAGAGCUGGAAUAUUUUUUUGCAGUGAAGGCAUUUAUGCUCUCAGGCAUGCCAUCAAACAAAGAAACAGAGGGGAAAUUAAGGAAAAGUCAAAUUUAUCUUAUUUGACUGCGAAAUACGACCACUGUGGCAACACCACUUAAAUAAUCCUUGGUGUCUCUUCUCCACCCUCAAAGUAGUUAGGUAUUUUUUUUUUUUUAAAGAAA